UUUUCUUCCGGGAGAAACAAUGCCAUUAGGUGGAGAAGGACGUAAGCAGAAACAAGAUUAACGCAUAUUCUAACGCUUAGUUUUGGCAGAUAUCGUACGGAUUUUAACAUUACACCGCGUUCCAAAGAACGAAAGGGUUCCUCCAUGUUGCUCCGCCGGAUUUCGGCUGUGAGCCAGUGCUUAGUGCGGCUGGGAUUGAGCAGCAAGAAAAACGCACUCCUUCACCCUGCUCUCUCCUUUACCGUGAGUCGCUGUCAGUAUGUCAGCUCCUCGGGAGAUACUGCACAGCCUGCCGCAGCUUCAACUCCAGGACAGUACCGGGACACGGUGCUACUGCCGCGCUCAGAAUUCCCAAUGAAAUUAACCGGACAGAAGCUCCUGGAGCGAGAGCUGCAGAUUCAACGUGAGUGUGGCUUUGACCUGCUGUAUGCCUGGCAGAGGGAGAGGAAGGCCAAGAAGGAGUUCUGUCUGCAUGAUGGCCCACCUUAUGCCAAUGGAGACCCACAUGUUGGACACGCCCUCAACAAGAUCUUGAAGGACAUUCAGAACCGCUUUGAGGUGAUGCGGGGUCGACAAGUGCACUACAUACCCGGCUGGGACUGCCACGGCCUCCCCAUCGAGCUCAAGGCCCUAGGGGAGCUGGGGACCAGCGGUCUCAGCCCUCUGCAGAUCAGAAAGAAAGCUCGUGAGUUUGCAGAGGGGGCGAUAGCUCGUCAGCGUGCUGCCUUCCAGCGCUGGGGCGUCAUGGCUGACUGGAACAACUGCUACUACACCUUCGACAACCAGUACGAGGCUGCACAGCUGCGAGUCUUUCAGGACAUGCACAGCAAGGCUCUGAUCUAUCAGGAUUAUAAACCUGUAUUCUGGUCUCCUUCUACCAGGACGGCUCUUGCAGAGGCAGAGUUGGAGUACAAUGCUGAGCAUGUGAGCAAAGCCGUUUAUGCCACCUUCUCCAUCAGUACCCCACCACCCAAACUAGUUGAGAGUGCAGAGGAAUGGGAGAAUGUCAAAGCCCUUAUCUGGACAACCCAGCCAUGGACCAUUCCAGCCAAUCAGGCCGUCUGUUACAUGCCCAAAGCUCAGUACUCCCUGGUGAAACGGGCUGAUGAUGGACAGCGUCUGCUGGUUGCCACGGAUCGCAUCGCCAACCUCUCCGCGUCACUAGGAACAGAGCUGGACACUCUGAACACAUUUACAGGUGCGGAGCUGGAGGGGGCCAUGUGCCAGCACCCCACACUGGCAGGUAAAGAGGUGCCACUGCUGCCAGCUAGUCACGUGACCAUGGGCAAAGGCACUGGGUUGGUCCACACAGCCCCCGCCCACGGCAUGGAGGACUACAGCGUGGCAUCCCACUUCAAUCUGUCCGUGGACUGCAUGGUGGAUGAGGAGGGCAUGUUCACUGAGCUGGCCGGCCCUGAGCUACAGGGCAAACUAGUCAUGGCUGAGGGCAAUGACACAGUGAUCUCUCAGCUGCGUGACGCGGGCGCGCUGGUGAAGGAGGAGGACUGCGUGCACAGCUACCCCUAUGAUUGGAGGAGCAAGCUGCCCGUCAUCGUCAGAGCCAGCCGCCAGUGGUUCAUCAACACACAAAGCCUCAAGGACAAGGCCAAGGAGGUUCUGCAGAAGGUGCGGGUUGUCCCGGAGUCUUCGAGAGCCACGCUGCUGAGCAUGCUGGACCGACGCACGUACUGGUGCAUCUCCCGCCAGAGGAGCUGGGGUGUGCCCAUCCCUGUGUUCUACCACAAGGAGACUGGGGAGGCCCUCAUCAACAAACACACGAUUCCCCACAUCGCCAACGUCUUUGCUGAGAAGGGAAGCAACAGCUGGUGGGAGGAGCCACUGGAGACACUGCUCCCAGAAUCAGUCUUGAAGAAGAGUAAAGCAGGUGCUGUGACGGACUACGUACGUGGAGAGGAUGUGUUGGACAUUUGGUUUGACAGCGGAGUAUCCUGGGCUGCUGUGUUACAGGAGGGGGAGGAGGCUGAGAGUUCGGCCCAGAGCGAAUCCAAACUCAGCUGGUUCACUCUGCCCAGUGCCUUGGUCCCAGAGUCGGACCCAAGGGCAGAUGUGUAUAUCGAAGGGAAAGAUCAGCUGGGUGGUUGGUUCCAGUCCUCUCUCCUCACCAGCGUGGCUGUACGCAAGAAGGCCCCCUACAAGACACUGGUGGUGCAUGGCUUUGCCAUGUCGGAGAAGGGAGAGAAGAUGUCCAAAUCUCUGGGGAACGUGGUGGACCCCGAGGUAGUCAUCAACGGAGGCAAGGACCCCUCCGCCUCGCCCCCCUAUGGGGCCGAUGCCCUGCGCUGGUGGGUGGCCGAGUCGAACGUCUUCUCUGAGGUGCAAAUCGGCCCCAACGCUUUAAACUCGGCCCGCGACAACAUCAACAAGUUGAGGAACACAUUCAAGUUCUUGCUGGGGAACCUAAAGGGCUUUGACCCGCGGACUCAGGCUGUGGACUCUAAAGAAAUGUACUAUGUGGACCAGUACCUACUGCACCUGCUGAGGGACUUUAGCAUGAAGGUGACGGAUGCCUACGCUCAGUAUGAUGCAGGUCGGGUGGUGCGUCUUCUACAGAACUUUGUUGCCAGAGAUCUGUCCAGUUUCUACUUCAGUGUCAUCAAGGACCGGUUGUACUGUGAGGCAGAGGACUCCCUUAGCAGGCGCUCGUGUCAGACGGUGCUCGAGGAGGUCUUGGAUGGGAUGACUCGCACCAUCGGCCCCAUACUGCCUCACCUGGCCGAGGAGGUGUACCUGCACGCACCUGGACAUGAUGCAGGUGAGACUCUGUUCCAGAGUGGCUGGAUCAAGAGCAGCUCAGUGUGGCGGCAGCCCGGAUUGGAGGAGGCAGUGGAGGGAGCGACCGCCAUCCGAGAUGCCUUCCUCUCCUCAAUCCCAGGAUGCAACGCUGCAACGUACGAGCUCGUCAUCGCCAUCGAGCCCGGCCUGUUCUUCGAGCUCAUGGAGACUCUUCAGGAAGAGCCGACCGCCACCUGCUCCCAGCUGACGGAGCUGAUGAUGUCGUCACGUGUGACCCUGACCGACAGACUCCCACGAGACCUGGCAGACGACGCCAUCAUCAGCCGCGGAUCCUUCCUCAUCAACCUGGAGGGUGGCGUCAUUCGAGAGGAAAGCACAUUCGCCGUGGCGGCGCUGCCAACGUCCCUCUCCAAAUGCCCUCGCUGUUGGCGGCACACGUCCGAUUCGCCCGACUGCCUUUGCCCACGGUGCCAAUCUGUCAUUCAGGGCGCACAGUGAUGAUGUCACAAUCCAAUCACGUCUACACGUUCCCCUUCGUCGUCGUCCUCUUCGCUGCUCCACCCCUGGCAGAACCAAAGCUAGCGUCUGCAAGACUUGACGGGAGGAACUCGAGACAUUCCCAGAAUCCAAUUUUUGCGGGGCGUGUUCUGGACCGAGUGACCCAGUUAGCGCUGACGGGGGUCACAGAUGCCCCCAGGACAGAGAACAUGAAGGGCAGACUGUGGGUUGCACUUGUAUUUAUUCUGAUGAAUGGGUUUGGCAGGCUUUGACUACAGCCUGACUCUGUGUUUCAGUUUCAAGGGUGACUGGACUGUAAAAACAAGGCUGUUAAUAUGUAAGUGUGUGCUGAAUGUGCGUGCUCACACAGAGUAUAUAUAUAUGUAUAUGACCGGGCUCCAUUAACCAUGUAAUGUUUUUAAGUAUAAAGAUUGGGAGAAGUGUGUGUGUGAGUGUGUGGGUGUUACUCUGAGUGGAUUUGAGCAGUUCUGGCUGAACACAUAAAACACCCCCCAAGGCUGAUGCUCUUGCCAAUUGAUUUGUAUGCUGCAUACUUUCCAAAUACACUAACUGAAUGCUU